GAAUCAUAGUCCACAUGAUUUCAAUUAUCCAUUACGCAUGAUUACUAAGUAGUCGAUUGAGAUCACACAAAAUAUGACGAAUGGUGUAAUCUCUGACCGACUUACCGACACCUCCUUGUUCGCCCUCCUACCAAAAUUCGAAAUUUUGAACCCUUGCUGCUAGAGGCAGCACAUUACUUUGCUUACACUUGCACUCACAACACAAAUAGAGCCAACCCACCUACUCCUCCUAUUCCUCGGACGUCCUUUCCUUUCUUUGCUCCCACGAUUGAAAAACAAGAGCCCUAGGAGGAAGGUAAAGUAGAAAAACACCCUAUAACUUGGCUUCAAAGCCAUACACCCUUCUCAAAAUUUCUCAUUCCCAUCUUCCCUUCUCUUGUAUUCCACGUUCCACUCUACCCCAUUCUGUUCUUUACACGAUUCAUACACAUAUGGGCGAUGUUCCAAAUGGGAGUUAUAUAUGCUCAUCAAUGCCAGCAUCCACUCGGUGUCAAUCUGCUAAUCACUUCAAUCACUCACCAUGGGCGACAGAUUUCGACUCACUUGCUCGUCGCUUCAAAUGCUGCUCGCUUUGAUGAUCCUUCUGAUCACUGUCACUACAAGUUUUGUUCAAUCUCAUGACAGCAUGGAAUUGGUUGAUGAUGAUGAAGGAUGGGAGAUGGUGGGAAGAAAAGGGAAUCAGUUCGUCCUGAACGGCCAACCAUUCUACGUCAAUGGCUUCAACACCUACUGGCUCAUGGUACUCGCUGCUGAUCAAUCCACCAGGCCCAAGGUAUCCCAGCUCUUCCAGCAAGCUUCCUCGGUAGGCCUCACCGUCUGCAGAACAUGGGCUUUCAACGACGGUCAGUGGCGUGCCCUUCAGAAGUCUCCCGGUGUCUACGACGAAGACGUUUUCAAGGCGUUGGACUUUGUGGUAAGUGAAGCAAAGAAGUACAAGAUCAGACUGAUACUGUCUCUGUCCAACAACUGGGAUGCCUAUGGCGGGAAAGCUCAAUACGUGAAGUGGGGGAAGGAGGCAGGCCUCAAUCUAACCUCCGAUGACGAUUUCUUCUCCCACCCAGCUCUCAGAACCUAUUACAAGGCUCACGUCAAGACGGUGCUCAACAGAGUGAACACCGUCACUAACGUGACUUACAAGGAAGACCCGACAAUCUUUGCCUGGGAGUUGAUGAACGAGCCUCGCUGCACCUCUGAUCCCUCCGGCGACAAGCUUCAGUCAUGGAUACAAGAAAUGGCGGUGUACGUGAAGAGCAUGGACCCCAAACAUUUAGUGGAGAUCGGGUUGGAAGGAUUCUAUGGUCCUUCCACACCUGACAAGGCACAAUUCAACCCAAACACAUAUGCCACACAAGUUGGAACUGAUUUCAUCAGAAACCAUAUGGUUCUUGGCGUUGAUUUCGCUUCUGUACACAUGUACGCAGACUCCUGGAUAUCACAAACCAUCACCGAUGCUCACGUUCAAUUCACCAAAUCCUGGAUGGAAUCCCACAUCGAUGAUGCAGAGAAGUACCUGGGAAUGCCUGUCGUUUUCACGGAGUUUGGAGUGUCUGUAAAAGACCAAGGCUAUAACUCAACAUUUCGAGACAACCUCUACAGCACAGUGUACAAGACCCUCUUGAACUCGACAAAAAGGGGUGGGAGUGGAGCUGGAAGCCUCAUGUGGCAGCUGUUCCCAGAAGGGACUGAUUACAUGGAUGAUGGUUAUGCCAUCGUUCUGUCCAAGUCUCCCUCUGCAUCGAACAUGAUCUCGCUACAUUCCACACGAAUUGCAAUCUUCAAUUCACUCUGUUCCUGGAAAUGCAAAUGGGGCUGCAAGAAGAAGACCGCCCUCGACACAAUCCUCUACCACGAUGAGUUGUAGAGAAACAGAAAUUACUUAUGUGCCAUCUAUUAUCAUA